AUGUUGAAAUUACGCCAAUUACAAAGGAAAAAGCAAAAGGAGAAUGAGAAUAGCACUGCUGUUCACUCUCACUUAUCGGCAGCCAGAAUUCGUUUGAAGAGGGAUCUUGAUUCGUUGGACCUCCCACCCACAGUGAAGUUGGACGUAAUAACAUCACCAGAUAGCACGAAUAGAACACAUUCACCAAAAUUGGAAAUAACUGUAAAUCCUGAUGAAGGAUAUUAUACCCAUGGAUCUAUUAAUUUCAGUUUGGAUUUCAAUGAGGUUUAUCCAAUUGAACCACCAAAAGUUGCUUGUUUGAAGAGAAUUUUUCAUCCGAAUAUUGACUUUAAGGGGAACGUUUGUCUAAAUAUACUCCGAGAAGAUUGGUCACCAGCUCUGGAUUUGCAGAGUAUUGUUACUGGGCUUCUUUUCUUAUUCCUGGAGCCUAAUCCUAAUGAUCCCCUAAAUAAAGAUGCAGCAAAGUUACUCUGUCAAGAUGAAAAAGAAUUUGCAGAAGCUGUAAGAUCAACCAUGUCUGGAGGUUCUAUUAACCAUGUUAAGUAUGAUGACAUAAUUUCUCGUGAAAUUAAGCGUAGUAUAACUUAA